AUGGCUCUUUUUGAGGCUUUGUAUGGUCGGAAGUGUUUUUCUCCUCUUUGUUGGGAUGUUGGGGGUGAGAGAGCUUUGCUUGGUCCAAACUUUGUUCAGCAGACCUCAAAGAAGGUGCAGGAAAUUCAUCAUAAUCUGUUGGCCGCUCAGAGCCGACAGAAGAGCUAUGCUGAUGUUAGGCAUCAUGACCUAGAGUUUUCCUUUGGGGAUCACGUGCUUCUUAGGGUGUCACUGACCAAGGGUAUUGUUCACUUUGGUACCACCGAGAAUCUCAGUCCGCGGUACAUUGACCUGUUUCCUGUUGUGGCCCGUGUUGGUAGUUUAGCCUACCGUUUGGAGUUGCCAGACUUGAUGAGGGGAAUGCACAAUGUGUUACAUGUCUCUAUGCUACGGAAGUGUCUCCACGACCCUGAGCAUAAGAUCGAUCUGGAGUCUAUCAUAGUGGAGCAGGAUCUGACAGUGGAGUGCCAUCCGGCGUGCAUCUUGGACUUUUUCGAGCGAGUUAUGACGAGGAGGACCAUCAAGUUUGUGAAGGUCUUUUCAUCGAAUCAGAUUGAGCGUGAAGCCACAUGGGAACUUGUGGAUCAUAUGUGUAAGAAGAACCCCGAGCUCCUCGAAACUGGUUAG